CAGAGCGAAGAAGAGGAGAGAGGGAAAAGCUUCGAAGCCAGCAUAAUGGUUACCAGGCUGUCGGAGAAACGCAUAAGGCUCGGGACUGUGUAGAAAAUAUCAAUCCACGACGUAAUCUCAUGACAAACAGGCACCCGACUAAGGACAUUUGAUGGAGUAUCUGUUUAACUAACCCGCUGCGGAAUAUUGCGUGUAGAUAUGUUUAUGGAUGCCUAGUAGUGAGUUUGGUCUUAGGAAAUAAACCUGUUGCCUAUCUCGACAACACCGUUCUUCCAUUUCAAGAUGUUCCAUUGUGGAAGGGAUGCUGGACUGUUUCGCUCGUUUGCACUUUUCUAGUUGGAGCUCCGGCGACGUCUCGAGCUAAGUUUCGUGAGUUUUGUAAACUCUUAGGUACAAUGCACGUGUCUUUGGCAGAAGCGCUGCAGGUACGGGGAGGGCCUCUGCAGGAGGAGGAAGUCUGGGCUGUACUGAGUCAGAGCGCUGAGAGUCUCCAGGAACUCUUCCGAAGAGCAGACCCCUCGGCCCUGGGCUUCAUCAUCUCCCCCUGGUCCCUGCUGCUGAUGCCCUCCGGAAACAUCUCCUUCACCGACGAGAACAUGACUCAGCAGGAUCUGAGAGCCUUCACCGCACCCGAGGUCCUGGAGGGCCUGGCCCUGUCCUCCCUCUCCGACAUUGAGAAGAUGCACAUGUACUCUCUGGGGAUGACUCUGUUUUGGGGAGCAGACUAUGAGAUUCCUCAAAGUCAGCCCAUGAAGCUCGGGGAGCACCUGAACAGCAUGCUCCUGAGCAUGUGCGAUGACAGGACGCACACCCGCAUGUCGGUGCGCACUGUGCUGGACGCCUGCAGCGCGCACAUCCGCAGCUCCAGCUGCGAGCCCGCCUUCGCCUACGUCCGCAAGCUGGUCAGACUGGUGCUGGGCAGCCUCUCCCAGCUGGACGGACUGCUGUCGAAAAGCGAGAGGGAGUCCCUGCCGGAGCGGAGCAAGGAGAUCCGGGAACGGCUGCGGGGCAAAGGCCUGCCGACAGGGAGAAGCGCCGCCCCCCGGGUUCUGGAGCGGUACCGGGCCCGGACCCAGGAGCAAGCCCAGCUGAACCGAGGCCUCAGCCGAUCAAUGGGCUCCCUUCCCAUCCAAGACCUCCUGCGGGGGGAGGAGCCCCCCCUGGCGUACCCGGCCUCCGAGUACCACCCGGGCUCGGAGGAGUCGGCCGAGACGUACCACCCACAGCGCGGCCGGCCGGCAGAGCCAGACAGGAGGCCCCCCGCCUACCGCAGCAGCGCGGCCCACCAGCGCAAAAACUGGGCCUCCUCCGUGGACCUGGCAUGCCUGGACCCGGAGGCGCUCCGUUUCGGGGCGCUGGAGGAGGCGCGCAGGGGCAGCAGCGCCCUCAGCCAGAGGUCGGCGGGCCGGCACAAGUCCGCCUCCAGGGCCCGGGAGUCCCGGUACUCGGAUUUCGGGAUAGAGCCCAGGAAGGCCCACCACCUCUCGGCUCUGUCCGUCAGUUCGGCCAUCAACAGCGCCUACGACAGGAUCAGGGAGAGGCAGCGGAAGCUGAACGUGAUCAGACAGGCCAUGGACGCAGACGACCCUCUUCACACCCACAGAAGAUACCAUAGCGAUUACAGCUCUUCCAGCGAAAGCCCAUCCGUCGCUUCCUCCGAUCCUGACUACAGACAAGUGAAGAAACCGGACGAGGUGAGGAGGUACGGGUCGCAGGCCGCCCUGUCCGAGCACGACGCCCUGUCCCUCACCAGCCACACCAGCAUGAGGCACAGGCUGUACGAGGGGCCGCAGGAGGAGGGUCUGAUGAGCGCCGAGCUGAUGCUGCAGAGGCAGGAGGAGGAGAUGCAGCUGCUUCAGGCCCACCUGGCCCACCGGCUGUCCCGGGCCAGCCUCUACCCCGGGGACGAGCCCCUGCGGACGAGCCCACUCGACCCCUCGCUCCCGCUUCGCAAAUCGAAGAACUUCUUCGGCCCCGAGUUUGUUAAGAUGACCAGCGAGCCGUGUGUCGCCCUGAGCGUUCCGUCUUCAUUAAUGAAUAAGAAAGGCAAAAUGGAGGAGGCCCAGCGGAAGGUGGGCGUGGUGCUGCUCAACGGACAGCGGCUGGAGCUGAGCUGUGACGCCAAGGCCAUCUGCAAGGACGUGCUGGACAUGGUGGUGGCACACGUGGGGCUGGUGGAACACCACCUGUUUGGCCUGGCCUAUCUGAAAGAUAACGAGUUCUUCUUCAUUGAUCCCGAAGCCAAACUCUCCAAAGUUGCGCCCGAGGGCUGGAAGGAAGAGCCCAAGAAAAAGAAACCCGAAGUCAACUUCAGUCUGUUCUUCCGCAUCAAGUUUUUCCUGGAUGAUGUCACCCUCAUACAGCACACCAUGACCAAGCACCAGUACUACCUGCAGCUGCGGAAGGAUAUCCUGGAAGAAAGGAUGCGAUGUGACAUGGAGAACGCCAUGCUGCUGGCGUCGCUGGCCCUCCAGGCAGAGUUUGGAGAUUACCAGCCUGAGCUGCACGGGAAAACAUAUUUCAGACUUGAACAUUACCUACCCGCAUCUGUGCUGGACAAGAUGGACCAGACCUCCAUCAAGGAGGAGCUCCCCAAACUGCACAGCGCCUAUUACGGAGCCUCCGAGGCAGAGGCGGAGUUCGAGUUCCUGAAGGUGAGCCAGAGGCUGACGGAGUACGGGGUUCACUUCCACCGCGUGCUGCCCGAGAAGAGGUCCCAGACGGGCAUCAUGCUGGGCGUCUACUCCAAGGGCGUGCUCAUCUUCGAGGUGCUCAACGGAGCCCGCACCCCUGUCCUCAGGUUCCCCUGGAGAGAGACAAAGAAGAUCUCCUUCACGAAAAAGAAGAUCAGCCUGCAGAACGACUCGGACGGGAUCAAGCACCUCUUCCAGACAGACAGCAACAAGACCUGCCAGUACCUGCUGCAGCUCUGCUCCGACCAGCACAAGUUCCACCUGCAGAUGAAGGCGCGCCAGAAGAACCAGGAGCUGCAGGACAUCGAGAACUCCCCCCUGAGCAGCCUGCAGUACUCGGGCGGGCCGGCCACCGCCGCGUGUGAGAUGGGCCGGGCGGUGAGCGCCGCCAGCCUGGCGCCCAGCUCCGCGGGCCACCCCGACUCGGACCACCUGAAGAGGAUCUCCUACUCGGAGGUGGCCCUGAACAAGGCCCCCCCGGGGCGGCUCCAGCUGCUCCCGGGGGACCCCCCGUACCCGGGCCCGGGCCUGGGCCUGGGCCUGGGCUCCACCCCCAACCCCAGGCUCCUCAGCCGCUCCCACCACAACCUGGGCCAGGUGCCCGAGCCGGCCGAGAGCCGGGCGCCGACCCUCAGCAGCCAAUCCCAGAGCAGCCUGACACGGGCCCAGCUGCUGGCCUCCCACCACCGCGCCAGCUCCGACACCGACUCCAUCCUCGCCCGCAAGCAGGACAGCCUUUUUGGCCCGAAGCCCCAUGCCAGCCCCAGCUGGAGUCCCGAGAGAUUCAAGAAGGAGUCGGACUCCUCCUCCUUGGAAGACGCCGGCCACGCUUAUGUCGUAGGAAUAAGCAUGCAUAGUUCUGGUUUGCCCUCCUCCCCUGCCUCUUUGACAGUCAAUGAUUCCCUGAAGAAGAAGCUGAACGCCCUGCCUUCUCCCGAGAGGGCCAUCACCACCGUGAAUCUGAAGAAGGACGUGAAGUACGGCCUGGGAUUUCAGAUCGUUGGGGGGGAGAAUUCGGGCCGAAUGGACCUGGGGACCUUCGUCAGCUCCAUCACCCCCGGGGGACCGGCCGACCUCAACGGCUGCCUGAAACCAGGAGACCGGCUGAUAUCUGUCAACGAUGUAAACCUGGAGGGACUCCCGCACGACUCAGCCGUAAAGAUCCUCCAGAACACCCCAGAUGAUGUCACGCUGGUCGUCUCUCAGCCCAAGGAGAGGCUGUACGAAGAGUCUCCCUCAGCCUUGGCCCACUUCAAGAGCCGGGGUCGCAUGACGCCCCCCGGGCAGAGGCAGGAGAUGGACUAUGAGUCGUCAUCGGAGGAGCAUGCCGGGACUCCCAGCCCCCCGCCCCCUGCCUCUGUGGUCCCCUCCACGGUGUCCUCGGGGAGGCGGCAGGAGAGCCUGAGCUCCCAGGACUCCCGGACAGAGAGCGCCAGCCUGUCUCAGUCCCACCUCAACGGCUUCCCCCGCGGCCUGGUCACCGAGGCCACGCCGACGGCCGCGACCCUCCCCUUCCCCUCCGAUCGGCCCAUCGCCGUCGACGCUGUCCCCCCGGCACUGCCCCCUAAAACCAGGAAAGCUAAGGUCCAAGAGGUGCCCAAAGAACCGGAUUAUUCGGACAGAGGGGACUCAGACAUGGACGAAGACACAUACUCGAGUAGCCAGGAGAAUCAAAAGCUUAAGAAGGCAUUAUCUCCCAACUGCAGCAUGGGAAAAUUAAGUGGUAAUGCCCAAGGGGUCAGUAGUCUCCAGCCAGGAGAUCUAUUUGACGUUGAGCUGUCCAAAAAGGACAGCAGCCUGGGCAUAAGUGUCACGGUACUGUUCGGCAAGGGCGGGGUGAACACCAGCGUGAGGCAUGGAGGGAUCUACGUCAAGGCCAUCAUCCCCAAAGGUGCCGCCGAGCUGGACGGGCGGAUACAGAAGGGAGACCGAGUAGUGGCUGUCAACGGGAAGAGUCUCGAGGGAGCGACCCACAAGCAGGCAGUGGAGACGCUAAGAGACACCGGACAGGUUGUCCAUCUCCUCCUGGAGAAGGGUCAGCUGCCCACCGCCAGUGUCCACGCUCCCGUCACCCCUCAGUGCACCCCUCCCUCGGUGCCCAGCGAGCAGGACCCCCCGGAGGAGCCCCGCCCGGCACCGCCAGGAGACAAGGAGUACAGCUUUGUUACCGAUGACAACGUGUUUGAGGUGGGCCUGCUAAAGAACUCCUCUGGCCUGGGCUUCAGCUUCAGCCGGGAGGAGAACCUGCCCAGCGAGCCCCCGGGCGCCAGCAUGGUCAGGGUCAAGAAGCUGUUCCCGGGGCAGCCCGCCGCAGAGAGCGGCCUGAUCCAAGUGGGUGACGUCAUCCUGCAGGUCAACCAGAUGCCUUUGAAAGGGCUGUCACAACAUGAGGUGAUAUCAGCGCUGAGAGGGACGGGUCAGGAGGUCACCCUGCUUCUCUGCAGACCAGAGCCGGGGGUCUUACCUGAAAUGGGCCUGACUCCGAUGGCCUCGCCCCGGAAGGAUCCGCCCAUGCAGUCUGACCCCGCCCCCGCCAGGCCCGCCGUGCCCCAGAGAGAGGGCUCCCACCCGCAGGCCAGCAGGCAGGGGGGCCUGGGCCCCGUGGAGGAGGCCCUGGAGCGCCUGAUGCUCAAGUCGCCCAGCCGCCGGGACAGCUACAGCGACAGCACCGACAACGAGGAGGUGGAGAAGGCCUUCAGCCCCUCGCUGGAGCAGAGCGGCCAGGCCUGGGACCCCAGCGUCUACCAGACCCCCACCAACAACCCGGCCCACGGCCUCAGCCAGUACGAGACCCCGCGCGAGCUGGACGACACCAUCCGCUCGGCCUACUACUCCACCAGCGAGUCCCCCUGCAGGCCUGAGCUUAACCUCAGGUGCCCCUCGGUGCGGUCCUCGGAGCGCACCCCGCAGCCCGCCGCCUCCUCUCCGGCGCCCCCGGACGGCAGCCGCCUCGGCCCCAGCCCGGAGCCCCUCCCGCCCCCUCUGCCCGUGCCCUCCACCCUCCUCUUCACCGACAACGGGCAGGAGCUGGAGGAGUUCGUGCCUGAAGUGGAGCUGAAGGUGUCGCUAACCAAGUCGGAGAAGGGAAGCCUGGGGUUUACGUUGACCAAAGGAAAUGACCUCAGCUGCUACAUCCAUGACAUCAUCCAGGAUCCCGCCAAGGGUGACGGCAGGCUGAGGCCCGGGGACCGGCUGAUCAUGGUGAACGGCACGGACGUGUCCAGCAUGAGCCACACGGACGUGGUGAGCCUGGUGCGCGCCGCGCCCAGCGUGGUGGACCUGGUGGUGGGCCGGGUGCUGGAGGUGCCCAAGCCCGCCCUGGAAGCCCACCUGCUGCCCGACAUCGCCUUCCAGUGCCGCGAGGAGACGCUGGGACUGGUUCUGGACGGGGGCAGCGACAGCCUGGCGGGGGUGCUCUACGUGAAGGACAUCGUCCCGGGCUCGGAGGCGGCGGAGGAGGGCACCCUGAGGCCCCUGGACCUGGUGCACUUCAUCAACGGGGCCCCCACGCAGGACCUGACGCUGAGCGAGAGCCGCAGGCUGCUGGAGCUCUCGCAGAGGGACCUGGCGCUCAAGGUCACCAGGGAUGGAAAGCCUGUUGCUCCAGUGGAGAAAAGCCCUUCAUUUCUCAACAACAACAUCAACUCCAAAGUGAACGUGUCCAGUAUGAACGGCUAUCUCCAUGGAAUCGAAGGCAACCCACCAGAGGUCAUUGCUGGAAUAUGUCCCUCUGAGGAGCAGGUCAUUCACAUGGAGUUGGAGAAGCCCGUCACAGGAGGCCUGGGCUUCUCAGUGAUAGGAGGAGAAAGGGGCAUUUUUGUCAAGUCCAUCACCCCCGGGGGCAUCGCUGACACUGCAGGGACUUUACAAGUGGGAGACAGGUUACUGAAGGUGAAUGAAGAGUUGAUGACUGGAGUGUCGCACACGAAAGCAGUCACCACCAUCCGCAAAGCCAGGGGCCUGGUUCACCUCGCCGUGUCUCGACCGCCUGACCAGACCCCCAACACCUACCUGGGGUACCUCCCCACUAACUCUGACAAGUGUAACGGCAACACAGACGCCAGUGAGGACAGCGGGGUAAAAUCUAAACUCAGCCCAGGAGACGGACAGAAAUCCAGCAGAGACCGAACCCCUCCGCCUAUCCCCCCAAUAGACUAUGACUCAGGGGACCUAGAGAAGGAGAAGAAGAGCGAGACCGCGGAGCUGUCUGAGGACACGGACUGCGACGGCUCCUCUCUGCCUGAGGAUUCUCCAGAGACCUCCAGAAAGCCUGCGUGGAAAGAGGAAUGUGUAGAUGAGCCACAGACAGAGAGCUUCCUGAGGACGCCCGGGGCCCCGCAGGAGGAGGAUGAGAUCACAUGGGGCAGCGAUGAGCUUCCCAUAGAGAACAUCAACUCCAAGUUCACAGACGAUGGCCUCAUCAUUACAGAAGAUGAGCUGACCUCCCUCCCCCUGGUCAAAGUGGUCCCCGACGGCCAGUACACAGGAGCCAAGCUCAACACCGUGGUCCGCAUGCUCCGUGGCCUACUGGAACAGAAGAUCCCCCUGCAGGAGUUUGAGAAUCUGCAGAAUUUGCAGCCACUAGAUGACUGCUUGAUUGGCCAAACCAAGGAGAACAAGAAGAAGAACAGAUAUAAGAACAUUGUCCCCUUUGACACCACCCGCGUAGUCUUGGGCAAAGAUGGGGGCUACAUCAACGCCAACUUCAUUAAUAUGCCAGUGAAGAAUGAGAACUUCAUGUAUAUCGCCUGCCAAGGGCCUUUGCCCACCACUCUAGCUGACUUUUGGCAAAUGGUGUGGGAGCAGAAGUCCAACGUGAUCGCCAUGAUGACUCAGGAGGUGGAGGGCGGAAAGAUUAAAUGUCAGCGCUACUGGCCCGACACCCCAAAGACCGCCGAAAUGGUGGACGAGAGGCUUCAGAUAAUGCUGGUCAAGGAUCAGCACCUGGACAAUUUUGUUAUCCGCCUCAUUGAGGUCAAAGACAUCCAGACCAAUGAGGUUCAGCAUGUCACUCACUUGAACUACACUGGCUGGCCAGACCACGGAACACCCACCCAACCAGAGCAGCUGCUGACGUUCAUCUCCUAUAUGAGGCAUAUCCACCGGUCAGGACCCAUAAUCACCCACUGCAGUGCAGGGAUUGGCCGUUCUGGAACUCUUAUUUGCAUAGAUGUGGUUCUGGGCCUCAUCAGCAAAGAUGCAGAUUUUGAUAUCUCAGAUGUUGUGCGUACUAUGCGGCUGCAGAGACACGGAAUGGUCCAAACAGAGGAACAGUACAUAUUCUGCUACCAAGUGAUCCUGUAUGUGCUGCGGUGCCUUCAAGCGGACGAGAAGAUUUCAGGAUAGCGGGUAGCGCUCAUGAGCGCCCCAGUGAGACUUACCUGUGGGAGUAGCACAGUGACACUGAGGUGUACGCAAUGGUACAGUUUAAACAAAUGGAAGCUUUUGUUGCUGAGGGUUUACAAACAUUUGUGCAAAUUUUAUAGCUGGCCUUACAACAUUUUGCUCCAUGACUUUGAAGUAAAUCCCAAGGGAUUCUGUAUAGAUUUUUUUUUUUUUUUUUUUUUGCUUUAGUUCUCUCUUGGGCUGCUGCUCUUUUAAAAACAAAUAAAAGUUGAUUUUAUAUGUGACAUAUUCAGCAGUAAAAAUGCCUUUUAUAAAUUCUUUGAAAUUAAACAACUAUAAAGGUUAUAAAUUAAUUCAUAUCUUAUAAGGAACAAAGAUCAUACAUGUAUGUAUUUUAAGCUAUAAGAUGCGAAAGGUUGCCUUGACAGAAUACAACGACAGUAUUUGCUUUGUAAAUCUAUUAUUAAUUGCCGACUGCCAGUGGUAAUCAUGAAAUUAAAGUGUAUAUAUUUAUCAGAUGAAACUGUGGAUACAUUUGAAAUUGUUAUUUACUGGACUGUUUG